AUGCCGGGCCCACUCACCUGCACACCUGCCUGGCGAGGACAGGGAAGAGCCGCGGCCUUCCUCUGCUGCUCCUUCCAGAGGGCAGGCGCCGUGGUGGGGGUGCCCGCCCGAUGGCAUCACGGGAGGCUGAGCUCCCAGCAGCGGCUGAGGUCCUCCCUGGGUGGGAGCCACCCUUGUCCCCAGCUGGGCCGGAGGCUGGUGAGGGAGGGGGUGGUACCCGUGCCACGCCAGCAGAGCCCCAGGCGUUGCAGGGAGAGCUUCAGUCCGGCUGACGUGGCACCAGGGCCGCUCUGCUCAGCUAACAUUUGCCUUUCAGAAGUCAGAUUCCUGACCUGUUUGAACAGAGUUAGGGAGCAUGUGGUAGGGCCCAGCCCCAGCCCCGCUGCCCCCAUCUGCUUCUUCCCAGUGGUCGAGGCGCUCUGCACCCUCCGCGGAGGGAGGUGUCAUUGUUUGCCCUUCCCAAAGAGGGGGAUGCAGAGGUGGAUGCUGCCUCUCAGGCGUGGGGCUCGCCUCUUGCCGCUCGCGAGUUCAAAGAACCCAAGAGCCAGGAGCCCAGGGCUCAACCCUUUAGGGUCCUCCGAAACCCUGUGGUCCCACCCGGGUGGGCACUAA